AUGUCGACGCCCUCCACCACCUCUCCCUCUCCCGAGCUCACCUCCGGCUCCCCGCCCUACCUCAUCCGCACCGCCCUCCUCCCCCCACCGCGCUCGAAGCCCCUCUCGCUCGGCGACACUGUCGGGCUCACGCGCACCGGCGUCCACCUCUGCCGGCUCCCCGCGGGCGCGACGAGCACGACGCUCCACUGGCACACCCACGACGACGAGUGGCCCGACGGGUGGGAGGACAAGGGGAAGCGGGAGCGGGCGCAGGAGGGGGUCGUGCCGAGGGAGGAGCCCGUCCGGACGGGGGACUUUGUGGGCUUCAAGGCGGCGUGA